UUCAUAGGACUGUUUUCUCACCUGAGAUCUUGUUUUAUACGGCUGGCAUUAGCAAACAAAGUGAAUUAUGUCACGAUUUUUGAAUUCAUUCACACAAAGUAAACGAAAUUGAAAACUGAAGGGUUUCUGUUCCGUUUCUGACAGUGAAAAUGGGGAAGAAAAGGGGGAAGGACAAGAGCUCCAGAGAGGAAGAUGACAUCGAUCUGACAGGUCCAUCCUGCAGACACAUUAAGAAGGGAACUGACCAAACUCUUCUUAAGAAACUCUCUGGAAAUUCUGAUUGGAUGAGUUGCCAGGAUUGUAAGCAUGAAAAAGAUAAAGAAAAUGUGAACACCGCUCUGCAACAGGACUCUGAAGAGGAGCAAGAAACAGCACUAUGGAUGUGUUUGAAAUGUGGCCAUCGGGGAUGUGGGCGAAAUUCUGAGAGCCAGCAUGCUGUUAAACAUUAUGAGACUCCUCGGUCAGAUCCACAUUGCCUGGUGAUCAGUUUGGACAGCUGGACUGUUUGGUGUUACAUAUGUGAUGAUGAAGUUCACUACUGCAGAACUGGACAUUUGGCUCAGCUGGUGACCAACCUAAAAAAACAAAUCUCUGCACAUCCCAUAAUAAAAGAUCAGAAAAGUGUGAAGGAGGAAGACAGCAUGAUGAAAGUUCAGCAGGAGACAGAGAGUGCUGUAAAAGCAGAGGACAGCGGGGACAACGAAAACAAAGAAAACAACGACCGCCAAAAGAAAAAUGCCAAGAAAGAUAAUGUUGGGAAAUCACAGAAGUCUGUCACGUCUGAAGACAGUGGAGGUGUUUCAGUUAAGGGACUGAGUAACCUGGGAAACACAUGUUUCUUUAAUGCAGUCAUUCAGAAUCUGUCUCAAACGCACCUCUUAAGACAGACUCUCAACAAAGUGACAGAAGAGAAGAUGAGUCUUAAGAUUGAGCCCGGUGCCUCCUCGGAUCUGGAGCCUAUUGGAGUGCAGUUGGACAAGCCCGGAUCCCUGACUUUGACUAUGUGUCAGCUACUGAAUGAGAUCCAGGAAUCCAAGAAGGGUGUGGUAAUGCCGCGGGAGUUGUUCACACAAGUUUGUAAAAAGGCUGCCAGGUUCAAAGGAUUUCAGCAGCAAGAUAGCCAGGAGCUGCUGCGCUACCUUCUAGAUGGGAUGCGAGCUGAAGAGAUCAAACGGGUAAACUCUGGGAUUAUGGAGGCACUCAAAGAAUCUAGAAAAAGCAUAGACGGAGAGCAGCUGAAAACACUAUUUAAAGAGUACGAGAAAAAUGGACUUCCUAAAAACUUUGUUGACCACGUUUUUGGUGGAGAAAUGACCAGUACUAUAAUGUGUCAGCAGUGUAAAACAGUAUCUGUAGUCACAGAGAUGUUUUUAGAUCUUUCUCUUCCUGUUUCUGAUGAGGCUUACAGAAAGAAGACUCAGAAAAAGGGAGUUCAGAACACCAGUGAGUCAAGCCCGGAUGGCAGAAACAGCCCCGCUUUGACCAACAGAAAUGAUGACUCUGUCACCAUAGCUGGCAGCAAGUACCAGCAGAAGAAAGCAAAGAAGCAGGCCAAGAAGCAAGCAAAGCAUCAAAAGAGGCAGCAGAAGCUUGAGGGUAGAGUCACUUUGGACAGUCUCACAUCUCUGAGCCACGCAGAAAGCAAUCAAACGGGUCCUACUGCAGAUGCAAAGGAAGGGGAAAAUCCUGACAGUGAAACUCAUGAAGAAGCCUCACUAAGCGAAGGGAAUCCUGUACCAAUCGGUGUGUCUGAACAGGACCAGAAGAACGCUGACACAGUCCCGAAUGUGAAGGAAAAGGAAGAGGACGAGGAUUCAGUGACUGAGUGUGACUCGUCAACGACCUCGUCAGUCAACAACCGUUUUACCGUCUUAUCAGAGGAUCAGCAAUCAAAGAACAGCGUCGUAUAUGAUGAUAUAAUAUCUGACAUGCAUGAGGAAGGAGAAGCAGAUGCACAACUGGCAAGUGAAAUGGAGAAAAUAAAACUAGAUGAUGCCUUCAUAGAAGACUCUGAUGCUUCUGAACAAGUCGGGGAGAAUGAAGACGAGCCUGUGGAGGCUAAAGAGUACACUGUAAUAAAUCAGGAUCCAGAGCUGGCCUUCCACACACUGGCUACCAGGAAGGCCCCUGAAAAACAGGAGUGUUCAGUGCAGUCAUGCCUCUUUCAAUUCACAGAAGUGGAAACCCUCACACAGAACAACAGCCUGCUUUGUGUCACCUGCACUAAACAGCAGUCAAACAAAGACAAAGCUGGAGGCUCCAAGAAAAAUAUCUAUACAGAUGCCUUGAAGCAAAUGCUGAUCUCCUCUCCCCCACCAGUGCUUACCCUUCAUUUGAAGAGGUUUCAACAGAAUGGAUACAGUAUAUGUAAGGUGAAUAGACAUGUCCAGUUCCCCCUGGUGCUUGAUCUUGCUCCAUUUUGUGGAAUUAAAUGCAAGAAUGUGAGAGAGGGAGAUACUCAGAUUUUGUACAGUUUGUACGGUAUCGUAGAGCACAGUGGAACAAUGAGAUCAGGUCAUUACACAGCCUACGUGAAAGCAAGACCAGAGUGCCCUAAACCCUCAUCCAAUGGACUUGUAGGAGAAGGAGCUGCAGAGCCUCCCAGGGGAUCCUGGUUCCAUAUCAGCGACACAUGUGUUCAGCCUGUGAGCGAGAGUAAAGUCCAGAGUUGCCAAGCCUACCUCCUCUUCUAUGAAAGAAUCCUCUAAUCGAACCAUGCUUCACUACUCAGGAAAUCCAGGCAAACUAACCUGCUGCUGCUGCUUCAGCUCUACAUUUAAGGGAUCUCAAAGAGUUGACCAACCUUCGCCUGUGAUGACAUAAUUAUACAGAAGUGACAUUUGACAGUGUUGACAUUUCAUCACAAUGGUGUCACACAGUGUUACGAUUACCUAUGGUCCAAUGUGUAGGAUCUAGUGGUAUCUGGUGUUGAGGCUGGAGAUUGCAACCAACUUUAUAAAAAACACUCACCUCAUCUUCCCUUUCUGGACAUGUUGGAUGGACUGUAGUUGUGAAAAACUUGAAAGGCCCUCUCUAGAGCAAGUGUUGGGUUUGUCUAUUCCAGGCUACCAUAGAAACAUGGUGGUACAGCAUGGUGGACUCCAUCAAAGAGGACCCCACUCCCUCUAUAGAUAUGAAAGGCUCAUUCUAAGAUAGUGUCCAAAUGGCAAUAUUAAAUCAAAUUGAAGUGC